UCACUUUUCACUAUCUGAAAUCUGAAAAGGAGAGAUUCGACGAUGCCUUUUGCUCUUCCCCUUUUUCUUUCCGUUUCACGAUCUAUCAAUCAAUACAUCCUUCACUUCCUUUCUCUAUUUACUCUCAUCUAUGGAUUCUCUUAGCUUUUAGCGUUCUGAUUUCAUUUAUAUAACUCUUAAUCGAGUUUUCUUUCGAUCAGGUUCGAACAGAAAACAAUCCUAAAAGAACGCUAUUCUAUCUCGAAGGAUUCCGAUGGGAUCUAAACGCAGCGAUGGAGCAAAACCUUGCCGUCGCCGGCUCAACCUCCGUCUGAGAACCAGAGAACCACAGCGAAGGAACAAAGGAGAAACGAGGAGAUCGCGAGAUUCAUAGAACUUUCUCAUGGAUCGUCGUCUGUGGCCGACGCAACAAAGUACCUCAGCGACAACAAUUGGAGCCUAGAGCACGCCGCCCGCGCUUUCUGUGAACACCGCUAUGAUAAACCUGAGAAGAAGUCGAAGCCGGUGCCGUUAUCACACGACGGUGGUCAUACUGAGCCGUGGUAUCUGCACGGGUUCUCAGGGAAUGCAGGAUCAGCCAAUGCAUGACGUCUUGAGUAAAGUGCCGCUGUUCGUAGUACCUCGACAAAUGUCAGAAUCGGGAGCCCUCCUUCUGCUAGGGAGCUGCUGAAUUCGCUGAAGCAAGAUGAACUCAUUGAUAUAUUCGUCGAUGCGGCUGAUGGAGUAGUUUCUCGAGACGUUGCAACCAUUUACCUACAGCCAGCAAUUGGAAUAUAGACCAAGCCUUCUCCUGUCUCAUGGAAGAUGAUAAAACAACGCCGGUUCAGGAGGAUUCACAAGAAUUUGAAACCGGGAGCUCUUUUAGAGAUCCGCCUCUCCCAUCGAUGGGAUCAUUACCUUCACAAUCACAGUUUGAUAAUUCAUAUGUUUCAAGUGGCCCCACGGAGACACAAAAGUCACUUAAAGAGGGUGGUGAAGGAGACUUUACAGUGGCUAUUCCUGGCAUGGCGUCAUCUCAAGUGGAUGAGAAGGCUGUAGAGGAAGGUUCAAGCGCGGAAACAGUCCAUGAUCCUUUUGCUAACCGAGACAGGAGGACAACUGUGGAGACUCACUCAAACUGCGCCAAGUACUGUUAUGAUAUCUAUCAGAUUGGCAGAUGGGAUUGGGACAACGCUGGAACUUCCUUUUAGAUCAAACCAAACCAUAAGAGACAUCCGCAAUGCCAUUGACCAGCGAUAUCCAGAUAACGACAGGGGCUACGUUUUGCAAUCGGGGGAUGGAGUAGACUACAUGGAUUGGAAUGUAACUGUAUACAGAGUUUGUACUUAUGGUAAAGUUCUCUUCCAGACCAACCCCUAGCCUUUGUUUUGGUACAGUUUCCACUGACUGAUGAAACAGAGAAAGAGAGAGAUAGAAAGAGGAUUCAUAUAGACGUUGAAAAGGAUUCUUGCUUUCUAUAGGAUUAAAAAAUAGAACAGAGAAGCAACAAAGUUAAAACAUAGCAGCUU